AAAAGAAGUCCGGUAGAGCAGUCGGCGAAGACAGCCGUGUCUGGCGAGAUGGCGAAGAGGAUAACGAAAGAUGAAGUGAUAGAGAAGCUGAAGGACGACGGAGAUUUCGAUCGUCUCCGUCUCCAAAUCAUUCGCCGACUCAAGGACAAUGAGGAAUUACGCAACAACUUGAUCUCGGUUGUCAAGCAGUCAACAGCUCUGAAUCGCCCGGGUGCUCAGAGUAUGAGGCCGAGGCAACUCUCUGAUGCCAUAUUUGAAGAGGUUGGGAGCCAAAUGAUGAGCCAACUAUCUGAAAACUUGUGGGGAAUAAUAAGAUCAGAGGAGGGAGGCGUGAAGAACGAAAUCAGAGAAACCGUCCAAUCAGUCUACGAUAAACUAUCGAAUCCCGGGGGAAUCCAAGAAGAAGAGAAGGCAGGACCAUCUACCCGAGUAGCCUCGCGGCAUCAGAAGCAAGACGGCUAUAACACCCGAACACCGAUCAAAGCCGAGGAAUCCACACCAGACAAUGACCCAAAAGAGCCGCCGGGUUUCAGCCUCAUGAGUAGUAAUCACCAUAAAAAUGGGAAUCAAGAACCAGAUUUGAUUCAACAAGCCGGAGAAGAGAGAGCAGUGGAACCAUGUAGUAGUAGAGGAGUGGAUAUGCAGGAAAGAAAUCUUACAAAUGAAGACAGUGACGAAGACCCUGAAGUCCCUCCCGGUUUUGGCUAAACAGCGUUGUUGUCUUGUCUUAUCUCCACAUGAUUCAUCAUUUUUUUCUCACAAUGCAUAACCUUUUUUUUUUGCUUGCAAUCCGUAACUUAACUUCUCUGCUCUGAUAUAAUAUAGAUGCGAUUAUGGUA